AUGUCGACCCUCGCUAUUCUUCUCUUCUGCGUCCAAGCUUGCUUGGUACAGAACGCUUUCGGAUGGAUCGCCGAAGCACCUUGCGCCGCUGGCCCUGCCUGGGGCCCCGCUAUUGCCCCCGCCCCAUACGCCCCAGCUCCAUUUGCCCCAGCUCCAUUUGCCCCAGCUCCAUUCGCCCCAAGUCCUUACGCUCCAGCUGCAUACGAAGCCGGCGCAUACGGCGGUGAAGGUAUCGGUGAUGUAGCAGUCGCCGGUGAGAUGCCAGUCGCUGGUACCACCAUGGUAGCCGGUCAGGUCCCAAUCCUCGGAGCUGUGCGCUUCGCUGGUGAUCUGCCAGCUGGUGGUGUCGUCUCCAUCGCCGGUAGCUGCGGUUGUGGCAGAUCUCCUUACAUGUACUGA